ACUUUCAGUUUACCCUCCGAGUCAUGCUCUGCUCCUGUCUCCUCGCUCUCUUGCUUUUGGAGGUCUCGGCUCCUUAUAAAUAAAAUCCACCGUCCCCGGUUCUUCUUCCUUAUUGGUCAGGUGGAAUCGUUACCUCACUCCGGGGCCGGUGACGCAGCGUCUUCACGUAUCCUUCACGUGCGUCUCUUCUUGUUUCUUGUUGAGAGUCUUGCCGUCGGCCAGAGGGAGAAAACGGGAUUCGCGUCGAGCCGAGAGUGCGGAACGGACCGGGUGCGCUCGAUACUAAACACUUCCCAUCCCGGGAGAAGAGCGGCGCACAAGAGCAGUCUCUCUCUCUCUCUCUCUCUCUCCCCCUCUCAUUUUCUGUCUCGCUCACUCACUCUCUCUCACACACUUUCUCUACGAGUCUCUCCGUCCGUCUUUCUCGCUACCUCCUACACACACACACACACAAACACACAGGCUCACGCACGCGCGCACGCUCUGCAUACGUCUCCACUUGGCCAUAGUAGAUUGAGCAUUGAUCUCAGCGACGAGUGCGGAUCUGUCUCCUGUGUUUGCCCUUUCUUCGACGGACCGACUUGGAGAAACGCUCGAGAGAGAAGUAAGUGACUCUUCUCAUCUGGCGUGUCUGUGAGGACCCCUGGUCAUGUCCACUUAGCUCCCCUGCGUGAUGCCUGAUCAUGACAGCGCCACCCUCCUAACCAGACAGACCAAGCGCAGACGUGUCGACAUCGGGGUGAAAAGGACCGUGGCCAGUGCGUUAUUCGGCCGCGCCAGGGAGACCCUGCUCGAAAGCAUGAACCAAUCCCACGGCUCCGAUCAGGACGGAGAAUGCUCGUUGGUCGGCCACGGCCACGGCCACGGCCACGGCGGCGCCAACGGUGACGGAGAGAAGUCCAACGUUUUGAGGAAAUUGCUGAAGAGGGCCAACUCGUACGAAGACGCCAUGAUGCCUUUCCCUGGUGCUACCAUCAUCUCGCAGCUGUUGAAGAAUAACAUGGGGAAGAAUGGGGGGAGUGACUCAGGCUUCCAGGGGAGUGGAGCUCUGUCCAGUGGAGGCUCAGAGAUCCACGGCGAGGACGUGUGCAGCAACUCCUCCCGCGACAGCCCGUCCGACUGCCUCUCUCCUGGGCCUCCUCUUCCUCCUCCACCCUCUUCCUCAUCCUUUGGGCGACCGGUGCCUCCUUCGAGCCUCAACUCCCACGCUCCCUCUCAGCCCCUCUCCCUCUCCACCUUCGACUUGGACAGGCUGUCGGACGAGCACCUCCGCGCCAAGCGCGCCCGCGUGGAAAACAUCAUCCGCGGCAUGAGUCACUCGCCGCUGGUCCGGCCCAACGGAGACCACGGCCAAGAAAGCAACCGCGAGAACGAGAAUUGCAGCAACAACAGCAACAGUAGUAACGACCAGCGAAGAGACGGCAACAGUCACAACAACGGCGGCCACAACCACAGCCGGAGCGACGGACCUUCUUCCCUCCUGAGCUCUCCGGGCUCGCGGGGCGGCGUGGUCGGCGUCGGCGAAGUUUAUAGGGAGAAUAAACGAAAGCAGCGUCUGCCGCAGCAGCAACACAGCUUCACACAGCUGGUGUGUUCCCGGCAGGAGCAGAGACAGGAAGAGAGACGGCAGCUGAAACUGCAACUGGAGGACAUGCAGAAACAGCUGCGUCAACUCCAGGAGAAGUUCUACCAGAUUUACGACUCCGAGACGGAGGAAGAGGACGACAACGGUGAGAGCAGAGAGGCGGACCGAGGUGGAGAAAGAGAGGAGGACGGGAACUUGUCAGAGGACAGUAUCCGCUCCGAUGGCCUGGAGGACAGGUACAGAGACAGAGGGCGGCGUAGCAACGACGACCUGUCUGAACUGGACCCGGGCCUGUUUCUGGACCGGGCCCGAGCCCUGCUCCGAGAACAGGCCAUGAUAGACGGGGAAAUGGAGGAGGACGUGGACGGCAGGGAGGAUGAGGAGAGGAAUGUAGAAAGGGUAAUUAAGAGAAGAGGAAGAUCGGCAGGUGGAGGAAGGCAGUUAGCCGAGACGCUGAAGCAGGAACUGAACUGUGCCGUGUCGCAGGUCGUCGACACCGUCGUCAAGGGCUUCUCCUCGCCCAAGCAGGCCGGCGGUCACCACCACGGCUGCCACAGCAGCACACCAGCUGCACCCUCCUCUUCUUCCAACUCGUCCUCUUCCUGUCCUCCACCUUUUGCGCCCCUCCCCUCUCUCGCCCCGGACACACGCUUUGGCGGCGGCGCCCUGGCCCUCGGUAUGAACGGCGACCGCAGUCCCACCCAUAACUACCACUCCUCCAACCAGAGGGUGCAUUGCUUCGCCGAUGUCCUCGUCCCGAGCCCGCUGGAUUCCUUCGGCGGUUUGAGUGGCCGACUGGGCGGUUUGCCGACGUCCAACGACCAAACGGAGGCGCUGCCGCUGGUGGUGCGCAAGAGCGGCGGAGGAGGAGGUGGAGGAGAGAACGCUAACCCCUCUCUUCCUCCUCCUCCUCCACACCAUCCCUCCCUCCACCCGUCGCCCCUCACAGCUUCGCUCGGGUUUAGCCCUCCAUCCUUUCGUCACCCAUUCCCCCUUCCCCUUAUGGGGUACCCCUUUCAGAGCUCCCUUUCCCACGGGGGUGGAGCUGGCUACCCUCCAGGCCCCAAGGACCUACACCGGUCCUCCCCCGAUUCUAUGGACAUGACCCGGGAAACGGUCAGCCUCAGAACCAAAAUGGCGUCCCUAGGAGGAGGCCAUCUCAGUCAUCACCAUCACCACCACCACCACCACAGGCAGAGCUCACCGGGCCAGCAUGGGCCAGAGGGUCUGUCCCUGUCCCUCAUAAAGUCCGAGUGUGGAGACCUGCAAGACAUGGCCGACAUAUCGCCUUACUCAGGCAGCACCAUUCAGGAGGGCUUGUCUCCCAACCACCUGAAGAAGGCCAAGCUGAUGUUCUUCUACACCCGCUACCCUUCCUCCAACAUGCUCAAAAUAUUCUUCUCAGACGUCAAGUUCAAUCGCUGCAUCACCUCCCAGCUGAUCAAGUGGUUCAGCAACUUCAGAGAGUUCUACUACAUCCAGAUGGAAAAGUUCGCCCGGCAGUCCAUCAACGAGGGCGUGACCGCGUCAGAGGAGCUGGUGGUGGGCCGCGAUGCCGAGCUCUUCAGGGCGCUCAACAUGCACUACAACAAGGCCAACGACUUCGAGGUUCCCGAGCGGUUUCUGGAGGUGUCCCAGGUGACUCUGCGCGAGUUCUUCAAUGCCAUCGUGGCUGGGAAGGAUGCAGACCCAUCCUGGAAGAAGGCCAUCUACAAGGUGAUCUGCAAACUAGACAGCGAGGUCCCGGAUGUCUUCAAAUCCCCCAACUGUCUACAAGAACUCCUCCACGACUGACUAGGGCGAGGAAGGACACGCAGCGAGCAAGACAAACCUCCAAGGACCGUGAGAAGACUGUAGGAAAGUUAAGGUUGAGGUCUUCGGUAAAAAGGCAUUUGAUGUUCAUGACGCGAUGCGGAGACUUGGUUUUGCUCGGAGGCUUCCGGAGAGGUUUUUGGGGGGUAUUUCAAAUACAAUCCUGCUCUCAAAAUGUUUUAUACAGAAAAAGAAAUAGUCCUCUUGAACGAGGCAGAGGGCUCAAGAGUCAGAUAUUGUGUUGAGACUUUUACCAAUUUAAAGCAAAACAGUAGAAAUCCUUGCACUUAAAAAAAAAGAAGAAAAAAAAGCUCCUCCUUUCCAAAAAAACCCGUCUUCACUUUCUCCUCCACCUCGUCCGAGCUCGCUCUCCGUCCUUCUCUGGAGGACAUGAUGAAGACGACGGAUGAAUCUUCAGCCCGUGACUCGGGACGGGGAACAAACUAAAUGUAAAGAUGAUAAUAUAUAAAGAAUUUUUAUUGUGGAGGUUUUUAAGUUACAUGCACAUUUUUGGGG